UCUGGUUUGGCCAAUCAAAUAACCGAGUAUAAUAAAGAUCAAAAAAACCGUAAGAGAACUUCGACUCUGAAAUCACGCGCAUCUACAAAGAUGGCUAACCCUAAUAUGAACGCUGUUUACGCGACAGAUGAGUACGGCCGUCCCUUCAUUAUUGUCCGAGAGCAGCAGAAGAAAAGCCGUCUUAAUGGGAUCGAGGCGAUAAAGUCGCACAUCUUAGCAGCAAAAACAGUUUCUAACAUUAUCAAGACUUCACUGGGACCUAAAGGACUUGACAAAAUUUUGAUAUCACCUGACGGAGACAUUACGGUUACUAAUGAUGGAGCCACUAUUUUGACUCAAAUGGAAGUAGAGCAUCAGAUCGCGAAAUUAUUAGUUCAAUUAUCUAAAUCACAAGAUGAUGAAAUUGGGGAUGGCACGACUGGCGUAGUUGUCCUUGCUGGUGCUCUCCUUGAGCAAUGUGAAUAUCUUCUAGAUCGCGGAAUUCAUCCAAUUAGAAUUUCAGAUGGAUUUGAAAGAGCCUGUAAAAUUGCUGUAGAUCAUCUGAAUGAGAUUUCUGAUGUAGUAGAAUUUACAAAAGAUAACAUCGAAAAUUUGUUUAAAACCGUCUCUACAUGUUUGGGAAGUAAAAUCGUCUCGAAACAUCGCGACCAAUUUGCAAAAAUAUGUGUAGAUGCUGUUAUGUCAGUAGCAGACAUGGAGCGCAAGGAUGUUAACAUUGAUGAACUUAUCAAAGUUGAUGGGAAAGUUGGUGGUUCUCUUAAAGAUACUGCUCUUGUACAGGGGGUUGUGGUGGACAAAGAUAUGUCGCAUCCACAAAUGCCGCGUGAGAUUCGUGAUGCUAAAAUUGCUAUAUUGACAUGCCCAUUUGAACCUCCUAAACCAAAGACCAAGCAUAAGUUGGACAUUACUUCAGUAGAAGAGUAUAAAAAAUUACAGAAUUACGAAAGAGAAAAAUUUGAAGAAAUGAUUAAACGCGUUAAAGAUGCAGGCGCUAAUUUGGUCAUUUGUCAAUGGGGAUUCGACGACGAAGCCAACCAUUUAUUAUUGCAGAAUAAUUUGCCAGCUGUUCGAUGGGUUGGUGGUCAAGAGAUUGAGUUGAUUGCUAUUGCUACAAAUGGUCGCAUUGUGCCACGUUUCGAGGAUCUUCGUCCAGAAAAACUUGGAGCCGCGGGACUUGUGCGCGAAAUUUCUUUUGGCACCACAAAGGAUCGCAUGUUAGUUAUCGAAGAAUGUGCAAACACCCGGGCCGUCACAAUAUUUGUUCGAGGCAGUAAUAAAAUGAUAAUUGAUGAGGCAAAGCGUUCUAUUCACGAUGCGCUUUGUGUAGUACGUAACCUUGUCCGUGAUAACCGAGUCGUAUAUGGGGGCGGCGCCGCUGAAAUUAGUUGUUCACUUGCAGUAUCUAAAGCUGCGGAUCAGAUAUCAUCCAUUGAACAACAUGCGGUUCGCGCGUUUGCUAAUGCUCUAGAUGCAACACCACUGGCACUUGCUGAAAACGCUGGACUUUCUCCUAUAGAAACAUUGGCUGAUAUUAAAUCACGGCAAGUUACCGAAAAUAACAGUAAACUUGGCAUCGAUUGCAUGAAUACGGGAUCUAAUGAUAUGAAAGAAAAUUUCGUUUAUGAUCCACUCAUAUCCAAAAGACAACAAUUUUUAUUGGCUACACAACUCGUUAAGAUGAUUCUCAAGAUAGACGACGUUAUUACAUCGGGAACUGUAGAAUGA